AUGUGCUUUUUACGAUACUCGACCGAGGCGCAGAGAGCGCACGACGAGCAACUCAUCUCCGAACUAUGCGACAUGGUCGCCGCCCUGCGCUACGAAGGCGAGACGUUCAGGGCCUAUCGUGUCCUACAAUGUCGCAGGAUCCGUCUAUUCUACACCGACCUGAAGAACGAGCAAGUCGAGACACAGACCCCGAGCGAGCAGCCAUGCCAGAGCGGCCCCGGCAUGCCGAAAAUCCCACGAAGCUGCGAUCGUUGUCAAAUGAAACCUCUCAUCGUUAGUACCGUGUGUGUCGAGAAAGGAGGGUGUAUCUUCAAAUAA